CGAUUUGGUGAACUGGUUCAUCCAGUUCAUUAAAAAGAACCGGUUCAAAAGAACGAUUCGUUCACGAACCGCCCAUCACUAGUCGCUACGGACGAGGCAGUUUAUUGUUUGUUCUGAUGUGUGCGUCUUUGGGACUGAAACCAUUUUUAGCUCUUGCCAGUGGUAUUUCUCCCGUCUCCACCUGUACCGCUGCUACUGGUGAUAACUAGCACUGCUUGACUGGUCCCACCAUCUCUCAGGGUAAGAGUUUUACCCAAACUUCUUCUCAGAAAAAGCCACCGAGAGCCCAGUGUAAUAUGAGGCUGUGUGGAUUGCUGAUGAGCUGUCUGGUCUCCUUGGUGCUGGCAGAUGAAGACGGCAGUGACAGAUACGACAUGUGUGAAGAGAAUAUCGUGACUGUACAGACAAUGGACAAUGACACUGACGCCAAAUCAAGUAUAUCCGAAAUCCGAUGUUUAAUCUAUAAUAAAACCCUAUUACGUUGCUCCUGGAUCACAGACCCGCUUCCUGAAGAAUAUUUUGCUUCAUAUCACAAUAACCAGGACCAUCCUUUACAUUGCGUCAUAAAUAGUUCAAAGAAAUUGGUUGAAUGCCAAGCUGAAAUAAAAUGGGAGGAGGAGGAGGAGGGAAUAUGCUCAGAGGAACUAUUUGUCAUGGUCAACAUUACGAUAAAUGGCUACUGGUACAUCAUCUGCCAAAAAUAUGAGGCAGGAAAUAUCGAAAGUCUUAAUCCCCCACAAAAUAUAAGAACUUCAAAGAAGUCAAAAAACCUGGAGAUACAGUGGUCACAGCCAAAAAGCUUUUGUUCUGUUUUGAGCAAAUGUUUUAUUUAUGAGAUGAAGAUUAAUAAUGAGUUAGUACAAUUGGAGGGUGUGUUGGAAUAUAACCUAACAAACUUUGUACCAACAAGGAGCUACACUAUUCAAAUAAGAACCAAACUAACCAGCUUCUGUGUCAUUAAUGGUCAAUGGAGUGAUUGGACUGAACCUCUGGUAACAGUGUCCAGCUCAAGCGGAGCUGAUGUUAAUCCAGUUGUGAUUGCAUCCAUUGUUUUUGUGCUUCCUAUGAUUCUAUUGGCUUUCUUGCUGGUCUGCAAGUUCCAGAGGUUAUUCGAGAAGCUGUUCCCUUCCAUUCCAAACCCAUCCAAGAAGGUUCAGAAGAUUCUUGAGAAAAACGAUUUUAAUCAGGACACGCCGACUAAACAAUGCGAAGAAGGAGCCGAAGUCCUUGAGGUGAUAUAUAAUGAAAUAUAAUGGCAUUUCUAUUAAUAGGUCAUAAUAGCAAACUGUUCAGUCUUUGCAAGGCUCUGUACAAAACAAGAUUAGUACAACAGAGUUCGAGGAUGUUGCAUAGAUGAAACUUCAGUGGUUUUCGGGUGUAAAAGAGAGGCUAAAACAGAAGUGGUUCAAAAUGAGUAAACAAAAGCAUGAGCUAUCAUAUGUGUCAUUUUUCCUGCCCCCAAAAGAAAGUAUUGUUGUCACUGAAAUGCCUUAUUCUCAGUUAUUUCAGCUAAACAUUUGGUUAAAACAUUACAUGAACAGGCCUGUUGGUAUUUAGUUGUGUAAAUAAUGUCAUGUUCUCCAGCUCUGUAGUGAUAGCCAUCAGUUUUCAGUUCAAAUGCUUUGGGAUGUAUAUUUUAUUUCCACAUAAUGCAGAAAAUGUUACUACAAUUAUAUUGAUACACUUCUGUCAACUGUUUCACUGCUCUAAUUAUUUUUAGUAACCCAAUGUCUACAUGCACAUCCUUCCUUUAAAGGCAUUAGAGCAUUUCACAUGGGUACUUUCCAUCUUGUUUAAGUGUCCAAAAACUUUGUAAUAUCUAACCCAGUAUACUUUAUAUUACUUUAUAUCUCUCAUGAUCACAAUAUAAAACCUUUAGACAUGAGGACAUUGGAUGUGUCUGAAACAGGACCGAUUAGUUUUUCUUCUAAAUGAUUCAUUUUGAUUCAUCAUUGAUUCAUGAUUCAUUCAGUUUUUUUUUAAUGAUUCAUUUUAAGUUAUUCUUUAAUUCAUAGUGAACUAAGAAUACGGCGUAUUACGAUUGAGUUCGGAUGAGGAUGCUCACGUCCUUGUUGUGUAUUUUGUGUACCUUUUUUGUUUGUUUUAUUCAAUGUAAAUGCUUUGUUUUAUUCAAAUGUAAAUUUUAUACAAUUGGUUUUUCUUUCAUGUUUUUCAACUUUUUUUUAGAUUCAUUUAAAAUCAGUGAACAAUUUUUAAUGACCCGGAUGUAUAAGAAAAUUCUGGGUGGUAGCACGAAGGGCGGAUUAAAGAUUUGCCUGUGUACAUCUAACAUAUCGCUGUGCUUUAUAUAACGUAUACAGUACUGUAUGUGGGUGUUGUAAUCGAAUUUACUGUGCUGCAGUUUAAGACUAUUUUAAGACUAAUCAAAUAGAUUAUAUUUUUGUAUAACACAUUUUUUUUAUUGUUUUUAUUUGUGAAUAUAUGAUUUCCAGGCUUUGUGUGGUGAAACGAAUAUAAAUAAUAAGCCAUUAU